AUGCUGCGUUCCCUCAUUUUGCUGGCCCCUGCUGGCCUCAUUCGGCCCCAGCGGUUUGGUGUGGGCGCCCGACUUAUCUUCACCUCCGGCAUUGUUCCUGAGCGCCUCUUAUCGUAUCUCACCCGGCGUCGUCUGCUGCUGACCACGGACGAAGGCACCGUAAACCCGCUCGAAGUGGCUGUGACAGAGACCACAGACAAGCGCGGUACCGCCGCAGAACCUCAUGCCCCCGAACCUCAGGGCGUCAUCUGGAGUCUGCAAGUGGGGCGGUAUGUUCGGUGGAUGCUGUCUCAUCAUGAUGGUUUCGUGCCCGCCAUUAUGAGCUGUAUUAGAGAUGCGCCUCUUGUUGGCCAAGAGGCCUCGUGGACAGAACUAGCACGGCUCGUGCGUGGCGGUGAUACAGCGGACGGUGAGCGACGGCUUCCUCUUUGCAUUAUUCUUGGCCGCCAUGACAACGUUGUGGAUGCGUGUGACUAUGAAAAAGACGCAUUGCCGAUGUUUGGCGGUUCAGGAUCCAGCAACGUAACUUGGACCGUGGUGCCAGGUGGCCAUGACUUUCCAAUGACAUACUCAAGACACGUGCUCCGAGCCAUUUUUGAUUUCUGGGUCGAGCCGAGCACCACUAUGGCCAAGCUCGAGGCUGUGGAUGAGAGAGAGCUCUCAAUGGAGGGACAUUCGAUAAAGCUGGGCCUGGGCGCUACUGCUAACAAAAUCGAGAACGGUAAGGUGGAAAAUGGCAAAUGUAGGCCGGCAGGCAUAGAGAGCAUUCCUUGA